CUUCCCCCUUCCGUGGGGCCCAGUGGGGAGGGGGCUUCUCCUCUCUCACCCCCUGGGCCCUGGAGUGCCGAGGGCAUCUCCUCUGUGUGAAGGAGGACGUGGGAGCGACGCGGGGAGGUCUGCACGGUCUGGGGCACAGGUGGCAGUAAAUGCCGUUCAUUAGCAUCUUGGCUGUCCACAGAGGUGGCUGCCCGGCGGACAGGAAGGAGAAGGCCUCCGCGAUGCCUGGCUCCCCAGCCGAGGUGAAGACGCAGCCCCGGGCCACGCCCCCCAGCAUGCCGCCCCCGCCGCCUGCCGCGUCCCAGGGGGCCACACGACACCCCUCCUUCACGCCCCACACAAAUCGAGAGGACGGGCCUGCGAUGUCUCUGCCCCACGGCCGUUUUCAUGGCUGCUUAAAAUGGUCUAUGGUCUGUCUUUUGAUGAACGGCAGCAGCCCCUCGCCCACGGCCGUCAGCGGCACCCCGUCCACGCCCAGCGGCUUCAGCAAUGGCCCAGCCACCUCGUGCACCGCCUCUCUGUCCACACAGCAGCUGCCCCCGGCCUGCGGGGCGCGGCAGCUCAGCAAGCUCAAGCGCUUCCUGGCCACCCUGCAGCAGUUCGGCAGCGACAUCUCCCCGGAGAUUGGGGAGCGCGUGCGCACGCUGGUGCUGGGGCUCGUGAACUCCACCCUGACCAUCGAGGAGUUCCAUUCCAAGCUCCAGGAGGCCACCAACUUCCCGCUGCGGCCGUUCGUCAUCCCCUUCCUGAAGGCUAACCUGCCCCUGCUGCAGCGGGAGCUCCUGCACUGCGCCCGCCUGGCCAAGCAGACCCCCGCCCAGUACCUGGCCCAGCACGAGCAGCUCCUGCUGGAUGCCAACGCCUCUUCCCCCACCGACCCCUCGGAGCUCCUCCCGGAGGUCAACGAGAACGGCAAGAGGAGAACACCUGACAGGACCAAAGAGAACGGGUCAGACCGUGACCCUCUGCACCCGGACCACCUCAGCAAACGGCCGUGCACCCUGAGCCCCGCCCAGCGCUGCAGCCCCAGCAACGGGCUGCCCCAGCCCACGCCGCCUCCGCACUACCGCCUGGAGGACAUGGCCGUGGCCCACCACUUCCGGGACUCCUACCGCCACCUUGACCCCCGGGAGCUGCGAGAGCGCCAUCGGCAGCUGGCCGUGCACGGGUCCCGGCCUGAGGAAGUGAUUGACCACAGGCUCACGGAGCGCGAGUGGUCGGAGGAGUGGAAGCACCUCAACAACCUCCUGAACUGCAUCAUGGACAUGGCCGAGAAGACGCGGCGGUCGCUCACCGUGCUGCGCCGCUGCCAGGAGGCCGACCGCGAGGAGCUCAACCACUGGAUCCGGCGCUACAGUGACGCCGCCGAGGACAGCAAGAAGGGCCCCGCGCCCGCCGCCCGGCCCCUCGGCAGCUCCGUGGGCGCUGAGGGCUCUCAGCUAGAUGUCCACCGGGAGUCCGUGCCUCGGACCCUGUCCAGCUACAUGCCCGAGGAGAUCUGGAGAAAGGCUGAGGAAGCGGUGAACGAGGUGAAGCGGCAGGCGAUGUCAGAGCUGCAGAAAGCCGUGUCUGACGCUGAGCGCAAGGCCCACGAGCUCAUCAGCAUGGAGCGAGCCAAGAUGGAGCGGGCCCUGGCCGAGGCGCGGCGGCAGGCCUCCGAGGACGCCCUCACCGUGGUCAACCAGCAGGAGGACUCCAGCGAGCGCCCUCCACGGGAUCACCUCCUGCUGGCAGGAGAGGAGGAAGAGGAGGAUGCAAGGAGCCUGGAUGCCGUGCACGGACGAGGCCCGGGGAGCCGGCUGUCUGGGCAGCAACCUGCACAGUCCCCGGCGUUCCAGAAAACUCUGGAAUCUGCCUGCUUCCUGUUGCUUUUGCUUCAAUUCAGCCGGACCCUGGAGUACCUCCCCAGAGACCCCUUACAGCAGUAACUCGACGUCGGGACUCAAGGGGAGCCUGGCUUUAAACGUUAGAAUGAAGGACAAGAGGGGGCCUAGCCAGGCCAGCCUCCGGGCCGAGGGGCUCGGGCAGCGGGAGCUGGGGCCCGGCUACACGCAGCCUCGUGGGCAAUGGAUUGACUGUCCACUUCUUCUUUUUAUGUGAUUUUAUUUUUUAAUUCCCCCAAAGGGGUUGGACCGAGAGCGCUGGGUCAUAUUCCUCGGUGCCGGGCAGGGUCCUGGUGGCCGCCCUCCCCUGUCCCCCCAUCUCUCUGUUCGCGGCCGCGUGGGUUCUGUGUCGUGGAAUAAAGCCGC